AACAAAAUCAUAAACUGCACUUAUUACCUGUUGUGUUUGUAGACUUUGCAAUGAUGAUGUCACUCCAAAUAACUCCGCCCACUUUCAUUAUUCUUCUCAUUGUUAAUGGAGUUGGAGCUCAGGAUUGGGGUGUGACUUACAGACCUAAAUCUAUCUGUGCUCUAAAGGGGUCUACAGUGAUCAUGGACUGUGAUUAUUCAUAUGCAGCGGGUCACACAGUUAAAAAGACUUUCUGGACAAAAUCCCUGCCACCAGCUGCAGGUGUAGAACCUCCUGAUCUGUUAGAUGAUCCAGAGUACAGAGACAGGGUUCAGAAUAAAUCCUGCAGACUCAGCCUGAGAGAUGUGAGAGAAAGCGACCAGAGUAAAUACUACUUCAGAUUUAUAACAGAUAAAGAAGGAGGAAAGUAUACGGGUACAGAUGGAGUGUAUCUUUCAGUAACAGAUCUGAAGGUGGAGGUUCCUGAGGAAGUGAUGGAGGGAGAUGAAGUCACUCUCACAUGUAAAUCAAUCUUCACUCUGACUUCCACAACUACAUUCACCUGGUACAGAAAUGGAGCUGCUUUAUCCUCCAGAACUGAACAGCUCUACCUGCAGCCGGUCAGCAGGGAGAAUGCAGGCAGGUAUAGCUGUGGUGUACUGGAUCAGAAACUUCACUCUCCUGAGGUCACUCUUAGUGUCAGAUAUCCUCCAAAGAGCGUCUCAGUGUCCAUCAGUCCCUCUGGUAAAAUAGUAGAGGGCAGUUCAGUGACUCUGACCUGCAGCAGUGAUGGAAACCCACCUGUGGAAUAUACCUGGUAUAAAGGAUCAUCAUUAGUAGCAACAGGAAAGACCUUCCCACUGAAGAAGAUCAGCUCUGUGAACAGUGGAGAAUACAAGUGUAGAUCCAGUAAUAAAUAUGGAGAGAAAUACUCUGAUACUGUAACUCUGAAUGUUCUGUAUCCUCCAAAGAGCAUCUCAGUGUCCAUCAGUCCCUCUGGUGAAAUAGUGGAGGGCAGUUCAAUGACUCUGACCUGCAGCAGUGAUGGAAACCCACCUGUGGAAUAUACCUGGUAUAAAGGAUCAUCAUCAGUAGCAACAGGAAAGACCUUCACACUGAACAAGAUCAGCUCUGUGAACAGUGGAGAAUACAAGUGUAGAUCCAGUAAUAAACAUGGAGAGAAAUACUCUGAUACUGUAACUCUGAAUGUUCUGUGUCCUCCAAAAAGUGUCUCAGUGUCCAUCAGUCCCUCUGGUGAAAUAGUGGAGGGCAGUUCAGUAACUCUGACCUGCAGCAGUGAUGGAAACCCACCUGUGGAAUAUACCUGGUAUAAAGGAUCAUCAUCAGUAGCAACAGGAAAGACCUUCACACUGAACAAGAUCAGCUCUGUGAACAGUGGAGAAUACAAGUGUAGAUCCAGUAAUAAACAUGGAGAGAAAUACUCUGAUACUGUAACUCUGAAUGUUCUGUAUCCUCCAAAGAGCGUCUCAGUGUCCAUCAGUCCCUCUGGUAAAAUAGUGGAGGGCAGUUCAGUGACUCUGACCUGCAGCAGUGAUGGAAACCCACCUGUACAGAAAUACACCUGGUUUAAGAAGGUGGAUAAAGACGUUCAGCAGAAAUGGACCGGUCAGAUCUACAGCAUCAAAAACAUCAGAUCUGCAGACAGUGGAGAAUAUCAGUGCAUGGCAACCAACACACAAGGGUCUCGAUCAUCAGAGUACAAGUCAUUAACUGUCCUAUGUAAGUUCUUGUUCUUUGUUUAUAAUGUUUAAAUUAUAUAAUUUUAUCUCUGUAUGUUAAGAUGCUGUAAUUUUUUUUCUAGAUCCUCCAAAGAGCGUCUCAGUGUCCAUCAGUCCCUCUGGUAAAAUAGUGGAGGGCAGUUCAGUGACUCUGACCUGCAGCAGUGAUGGAAACCCACCUGUACAGAAAUACACCUGGUUUAAGAAGGUGGAUAAAGACGUUCAGCAGAAAUGGACCGGUCAGAUCUACAGCAUCAAAAACAUCAGAUCUGCAGACAGUGGAGAAUAUCAGUGCAUGGCAACCAACA